AUGGGAGAGAAGAAGAUCGGGGAUACGGAUUGCUUCGUCCUCAAACUGUCUGCAGAUCAGGCAGACUUAUCCGACCGGAGCGACAGCACAGCGGAGACGAUCAAGCACGUCGCUUUCGGGUACUUCAGCCAAAAGAAUGGACUCUUGGUGCACUUGGAGGACUCUUAUUUGACAAGGAUACAAUCCCCCGGGACACGCCCCAUGUACUGGGAGACCUCGAUGGCCACUCAGAUCCGGGACUACCGUGAAGUGGAUGGCGUUAUGAUCGCUCACUCCGGCCAAUCGAGUGCGAUCAUCACACGAUUUGGAGAUGGUCGUCUACGGGCAGGCCCGGAAAUCACUCGGUUGGAAGAAACGUGGAUCAUCGAUGAUUUCGCAUUCAAUGUGCCUGGUCUGUCUGUGGACAGCUUCAUUCCACCAAAGGAUGUGAGGAAGGACCAUUUUCCAUUAGAUGAUGAUUGGAAAUCGGCAUUAGACUGA